AUGGAGGAAAUAAUCGUGCAUGUGUUUGCAAUACAAACAAAUCAAGUUACAACUGAUAUUAUCACAUUGACAAGACAUGUUCUUGAUGAACAACAUAAACAUAAAGAUACAGGUGGCGAUUUGACAACAUUGUUAAAUGCAAUUCAACUUGGUUGUAGAUUUGUAGCUAAUAAGGUUAGAAAAGCUAGACUUUUGAAUUUAAUUGGACUUGCAGGUGAUUCAACAAAUAUUUCAGGUAAAGAACAAAAAAAAAUAGGGAUGUGA